AUGGGGUUCGGUGACUUUGACUCCAUCUGCGCAAAGACAGCGCUUCCCCUGUGCUCCCUCGUGGGACCUUCAUCAUCUUCGAUAUCAGGUUCGACAGGCAUCAUCUCAAACUGCUAUGCUCGCAAUGUCGAAUUGGCCAACACCAUCAUCUUUGAGGGUGCGGCAUCCUUCGUGCACAUCAUCGCCCUAGCCAUGACCGUAAUCAUGAUUCUGCACGUCCGGUCGAAAUUCACCGCUGUUGGCCGCAAGGAAAUCAUCACUUUUUUCUACAUCUACAUGGCUCUGACAAUAUGUUCAUUGGUCAUUGAUGCCGGUGUAGUUCCGCCUCGCAGCGGUCCCUUCCCGUACUUUGUGGCAGCGCAGAAUGGCUUAGCCUCUGCCCUUUGUACAUGCCUGCUCGUCAACGGUUUCGUCGGGUUUCAGCUCUAUGAAGAUGGCACUUUCCUGUCGGUCUGGCUCCUCCGCCUGACGUCAGCCGUUAUGUUUGUCGUCUCGUUCCUCAUCUCCAUCUUGACCUUCAAGUCGUGGGGGGGAAUGAGCCCUACUAACACCAUUGGCUUGUUCGUUGUGCUGUAUAUCCUCAAUGCGCUCUGCAUUGCCAUCUAUCUCGUUAUGCAGCUCCUCUUGGUCAUGAACACUCUCGAGGACCGCUGGCCGCUGGGCCACAUCGCAUUCGGUGUUAUAGUUUUUAUCUGCGGACAGGUGCUGUUGUAUGCCUUUAGCGACACCAUCUGCGACAAUGUCCAGCACUACCUGGACGGGCUAUUCUUCGCCACGUUCUGUAACCUGCUUGCCGUCAUGAUGGUCUAUAAAUUCUGGGACUAUAUCACAAAGGAAGACUUGGAAUUCUCCGUGGGCAUCAAACCCAACACCUGGGAAGUCAAAGAGCUCCUUCCCGAAGAGGACCGUCGAACGACCGCAUAUCAGGACUCCCACUCGGAGUACGCCGGCAGCAUGUAUCAUCAUCGGGCAUCCACUUAUGGCAACCAGAACUACUAA